CACAAAUUCCAACGUCUGGUAUAAAUAUUAGUACAUUUAAAUCCAGCGGCCACUCGCAGUUCUACAGCGAAAGUGUUGAUUUAGUCUCUUAGUUUUCUUUUGUAAACGUAACAACACAAAAAAUCCAAAAUGUGUGAUGAUGAGGUUGCUGCUUUGGUCGUUGACAACGGCUCCGGUAUGUGCAAGGCUGGCUUCGCUGGUGACGAUGCUCCCCGCGCUGUCUUCCCAUCCAUUGUAGGUCGUCCCCGCCAUCAAGGUGUCAUGGUCGGUAUGGGUCAAAAGGACUCCUAUGUCGGCGAUGAAGCUCAAUCCAAGAGAGGUAUCUUGACCCUCAAGUACCCCAUUGAACACGGUAUCAUCACCAACUGGGAUGAUAUGGAAAAGAUCUGGCAUCACACUUUCUACAAUGAAUUGCGUGUCGCCCCCGAAGAGCACCCAGUCUUGUUGACUGAAGCCCCCUUGAACCCCAAGGCUAACCGCGAGAAGAUGACCCAAAUCAUGUUCGAAACCUUCAACUCCCCCGCCAUGUAUGUUGCCAUUCAAGCUGUGCUCUCCUUGUACGCUUCCGGUCGUACCACCGGUAUCGUUUUGGAUUCCGGUGAUGGUGUCUCCCACACCGUCCCCAUCUAUGAAGGUUAUGCCUUGCCCCAUGCCAUCCUCCGUUUGGACUUGGCUGGUCGCGAUUUGACCGACUACUUGAUGAAGAUCUUGACUGAACGUGGCUACUCCUUCACCACUACUGCCGAGCGUGAAAUCGUUCGUGACAUCAAGGAAAAGUUGUGCUAUGUUGCCUUGGACUUCGAACAAGAAAUGGCCACCGCUGCUGCCUCCACCUCCUUGGAAAAAUCCUAUGAACUUCCCGACGGUCAAGUCAUCACCAUUGGUAAUGAACGUUUCCGUUGCCCAGAAUCCCUCUUCCAACCCUCUUUCUUGGGUAUGGAAUCCUGCGGUAUCCACGAAACCGUCUACAACUCCAUCAUGAAGUGCGACGUCGAUAUCCGCAAGGACUUGUAUGCCAAUAUUGUCAUGUCCGGUGGCACCACCAUGUACCCCGGUAUUGCCGAUCGUAUGCAAAAGGAAAUCACUGCCUUGGCCCCAUCCACCAUCAAGAUCAAGAUCAUCGCUCCACCAGAACGCAAAUACUCCGUCUGGAUUGGUGGUUCCAUCUUGGCCUCCCUCUCCACCUUCCAACAGAUGUGGAUCUCCAAGCAAGAAUACGACGAAUCCGGCCCCGGCAUUGUCCACCGCAAGUGCUUCUAAGCGACACGCACCCCUUCAGUUGCAUCCAACAA